GGCGAGACAAGCUGGCCAUCCCGCUCUUGAACGCCCUGGGCAGGAAGGUGGACCUCAGCCAGACCCCUCUGGACCUGAGGGACUGUUCGUACCUGGCUCUGGUCCUCGACUCCUCCAAGGACCUGUAAUCCAGCUUGCACGACAAUCCGAUCACCAAAGAAGGAUUCGCAAAACUCAACAUGUACAGGAUGGGUUUACUGCAAACCGUGAAUCUCUUGUCCAACAGAUCAGACUAUGAAAAGUCAUCUGAUUCUCAAGAAUGUUUGACACGAGUGAAGAUGGAAUCCUUUGAGGCACUCACCAUGACCACUGAGGAAUUUGCUCCUUCUGUUCCAAACAUGUCGUACAGGUACACGUGCCCUUCCGCCGGGCACUUCAGGUGCAGGGAUACACAGCUUGUGUUUUGGAUGUGGGGAGAGGGAAGUGUGGAGUACCACCCUGAACACUGGGACGAGAGGAUCCUGACCAACAGUGGCUAUGAACCAGCAGGGCCCCUGUACUGCAUCACCAGCCCAGAGACACUCAUGUAUCGACUGGAUCUGCCUCACUGUGAGACUGAUGUGUACGCAGCGGAGAACCUCCGAGUGCUCCACGUGAGCCGUGAGCAGAGGGAGUUCCUGCAGCCUCAGACGGUGACGCAUCAUCACGUCAGCAUCACCAUACACGGACUCUCACGGUUUGCUCUCGUCAGGAAAAAUAAGUUCUCCAACCAGCGCGUUAAAGGACAGGUGUUGUUCUUCCUAGAACCCAAAGUGACGGCCAAUCAGAACAGACUCUGGGUGUUUCUGAUCCCAAGGAGUGUUCCGUUAUUACAGGUGGAGGAGAGCAACAAGAAGUAUACAUACAUCAAGACAAGCUCCAACUGCAUUUUCAGACCCAAAGCCAAAUAUACUGUGGAGUCUGACAUCCAACACAACUUCCAAGUACAGCCCAAGAAAUACACUUUUCUCCCUGAUUACAGUCCAAGCCAGCAUGCCUCAUUUGAGCUGUUUCUGAGUUCGGGGAUCUCAGAACUCAAUCUGUGGAUUUUGGAGAAGACCAAACUGAAGAUUCUUCGCCGCUGGUGUCGUCGACUCAUUCUCAAAGCUUCCUCUGCAUCAGAAAACAACGUUUCCAGUGACGGUAAACAUGGACUACGAUGGAUCAACACGUUGUGCAACAUAAUAGAACAACUGAAGAAAAAAGAGAUGAAGAAGUUGAAGGGAUUGAUGAACAGCUUGGAGACACACGACCCCAUUCCGAAGAGUUCCCUGGAGAAGGCGAAGGAUGCUGUGACUCUGGCCGACCUCAUGGUGGCCACAUGGGGCACGGGGGACUCCAUUUUGGUCACUAAGGAGUUAAUGGGAAAAUUACCUCGCAAUGAUCAUGCUGUAACCUCAUUGCUGAAUCCCUUCCUGGUUGCGGCCUAGGUUACUGUUGCCAGGGGCAACUCUGACCUAUAGAAACAGAACUCUACAUUAUGGUAGCUAACAGGAGCUCCUUAACCCUCGUGCUGCCUUCGGGUCACAUGACCCAAAGGUUCAUAAAGAACCAUUGUUGUGUUUACCCAAUUUUACCCAAUACAAAAACAAAUAAAAAUAAUUUUCUUUUAACCUUUGCAAUGUGGGGGGUCUGAGACAGCCCAACGGUUAAAAGAAAAUGCUUCACUUUGUUUUUGUAUGCGGUAAAUUUGUCGCAAUACGACGGUGGGUCACAAUGACUGAUGGGUCAGAAUGACCCGAAGAUAACACAAGGGUUAAAACUAAAUUAAUAUGCAAACGAUUGUUAUUAUUAUCAUUAUUACUGUUAUGAUGAUUAUAGGGAUAACUAGUUGUGUACUAAUGACAUCAUGCAUUUCCCAUAUUUUAUAUUACAUACAGCAGAAUAAUGCACCUGUUUACACAAAGCUCAGAACUCAGGAUACGGUGCUUCUAGGUUCGGUUUUAUAUUUACAUUUAGUCAUUUAGCAGACGCUCUUAUCCAGAGCGACUUACAGUAAGUACAGGGACAUUCCCCCCCGAGGCAAAUAGGGUGAAGUGCCUUGCCCAAGGACGCAACGUCAUUUGGCACGGCUGGGAAUCGAACUGGCAACCUUCUGAUUACUAGCCUGACUCCCUCACCGCUCAGUGUGAAAUUAGUUGCUGAAAGCAUGUGCAAAGCGCGAAAACUUUGUUGCACUGAAAUGUGGAGUUAGACCGUUGAAUAGUUUCUCAACCGUUUUCAGCUCAGGUUUUGUUUAGGCAGGGCAAAACCCAACCUAUCUAGUCACAGCGACCUAUCUACGUCAGAUCACAGACGGUUGCAUUCUGUUACUCAGCUGGUACGAUGCAAAGACAAGGUAAUUAACACAUAAAACACUUAGAGACUGCAGGUAGGUCUGUUCUUAUAUCUGCAAUUGAUUUAGCUAGUGUUGCUGUUGUUGCUAAAUUCAAUAAAUUCGAGGGGGCGGAGCUUCAGCUCCUUCAGGCGACACACCCCCCAGUCUCAAGCAGAGAAGACUGCUGAUUUUCUCAAGAUUUCGAAGCCUAAUUUAACAUACUUGUCUGUGUUUUUUUUUUUCAUUCGAAUUUGGAUGGGUUGUUGACAACACAUUCUUCUGUGGUGUGAUGAACUUAAAACUCAUUUUCAGUUCUAGUUUACAGCCACUUUAACUGGGUAAUUUCAUGACCACUGAUAUUGAAAUAUGUGAGUCUGUACUUUAUUUAUUUUUUCCUUUAGUAAUUUAUAUUUGUUAAUAUGUGCCUCAAAUUGUAUGGACUCAAUAAUCGCUUUAAAUACAUGUGCAAUAACUUUUCAACUGUUUCACUCUUAUCUUCAAGGACCUC